AUGUCCGCGGAGAAGGAGGGAGGUACUUUGUGCUUCUUUAUCAACGGGAAAAAGGUAACGGUGAGCCAUGCCGACCCUGAAACCACGCUGCUGUCCUUCCUCAGAGAGGAGCUGAGAUUAACUGGAACCAAGUAUGGCUGCGGCGGCGGAGGCUGCGGAGCGUGCACCGUCAUGGUGUCGCACUACCGACCCGCCACCAAAACCAUCACACAUUACUCGGCCAACGCCUGCCUGCUGCCGCUCUGCCAGCUGCACGGAGCCGCCGUCACCACGGUGGAGGGUGUCGGCAGCACCAGGACCAGGAUCCACCCGGUGCAGGAGCGGAUAGCGAAGGCUCACGGCUCCCAGUGCGGCUUCUGCUCUCCGGGGAUGGUGAUGUCCGUCUACACGCUGCUGAGGAACCGGCCGCAGCCCGCCAUGGACGACAUCACACACGCUCUGCAGGGUAAUCUGUGUCGCUGUACUGGGUACCGACCCAUCAUUGACGGCUGCAGGACCUUCUGUCAGGAAGCUGACUGUUGCCAAGCCAACGGAGCUGGAGACUGCUGCCUCAACGGAGAGGAAACUCUGGAAGAAACGCAGCAUGAAAAGCCGGAGUUGUUUGAUAAGAGAGAGUUUCUGCCGCUGGACCCGACACAGGAACUCAUCUUCCCCCCCGAACUGAUUCUGAGGGCAGAAACGGCGCCCCCCCAGACACUGACCUUCCGCGGGGAGAGGAUGAUGUGGGUGUCCCCCACCUCUCUGGAGGAGCUGGUCCAGCUCAAGGCCAGGAACCCUGAAGCUCCGCUGGUGAUCGGAAACACCAACAUAGGUCCAGAUAUAAAAUUCAAAGGCAUCCUGCAUCCGCUGAUCAUAUCUCCAACCAGAGUUCUGGAUCUGUUUGAAGUCACUCAGACGCCACAUGGGGUGUGGGUGGGAGCGGGCUGCAGUCUCACCGAGGUCUGCUCUCUUCUGGAGAAGCUGCUUCCUCAGUUUCCGGAGGAGAAGACGGAAGUGUUCCGAGCCCUGAGCCAACAGCUGGGGAAGGUGGGAAGCCUGCAGAUCCGUAAUGUUGCCUCUCUUGGGGGUAACAUCAUGAUUGCGUACCCAAACUCAGACCUGAACCCCGUUUUGGCUGCUGGGAACUGCAAAGUGAGCGUCAUUUCAAACGGAGGAAGACGGGAGGUUCCUCUGAACCAAGACUUCUUUGUGAGCUUUGGAAAAACCAUCCUGAAGCCAGAGGAGAUUGUUGUGUCCGUCUUCAUUCCCUUCUCCAGAAAGGGGGAGUUAGUCCGAGCUUACCGCCAGGCUCCGAGGAAGGAGAGCUCCUUCUGCACGGUGACCAGCGGGAUGAGAGUGUUUUUCUCGCAGGGCUCCAGCGUGGUUCAGGACCUCAGUAUUUACUACGGAGGAAUGGGACCGACCACCGUCAGCGCCACCCAAACCUGCACAGCCAUCGUCACACGGCCCUGGGACGAUGAGACCCUCCAGCGGGCCUACGAUGUCCUCCUGGAUGAGUUGGUCCUCCCUCCUUCGGCUCCAGGAGGAAAGGUGGAGUUUCGUCGCUCCCUGACUCUCAGCUUCCUCUUUAAAUUUAACCUGGAGGUCCUGCAGAAACUCCGAGAAAUGAAUGUGAUUACAGAGGAGCUUCUUGAGACGAUGCAGAUCCAGCCGUUACCCAGAGAGAUCCAACCCGGCCUGCAGGUGUUCCAGCAUGUGCCAAAGGACCAGAGGGACCAGGACCCGGUGGGGCGUCCCAUCAUGCACCGCUCUGCCAUCAGCCAGGCCACAGGGGAGGCCGUGUACUGUGACGACAUCCCCCGAACAGACGGAGAGCUCUUCCUGGCUCUGGUUACCAGCUCUCGGGCACACGCUAAAAUCACAGGGCUGGAUGUCAGCCAGGCUCUGCGGCUUCCCGGGGUUGUCGACGUCAUCACGGCCAAAGAUGUUCCCGGGCAGAAAGUUCGCAAAAUGUUCGGUUAUGAAGAGGUGCUGCUCGCUGAGGCCGAGGUGUCGUGCGUCGGCCAGAUGAUAUGUGCGGUGGUCGCUGAUACGAGGGCGCACGCGAAACGAGGAGCUGCCGCCGUGAAGAUUGGCUACGAAGACCUGCCAGAGCCGCUGUUCACCGUAGAGGAAGCCAGUGAGAAGUCGUCCUUCUUUGAGCCUCGGAGGAUGAUUGAGAAAGGAAAUGUGGCCGAAGCCUUUAAAACUGUGGAUCACGUUCACCAAGGAGAGUUUCGGAUGGGCGGUCAGGAGCAUUUCUACAUGGAGACCCAGAGCAUGCUGGUAGUUCCUGUCGGCGAGGAGACGGAGUUCAACGCUUACGUCUCCACCCAGUGGCCGACGGGAACUCAGGAUGCAAUCGCGGAGGCGUUGGGCAUCCCGUCCAACAGAGUCACCUGUCACGUCAAAAGAAUAGGCGGAGCUUUCGGCGGGAAAGUUGUCAAAACGGCGACGCUGGCUUGUAUUACUGCUGUGGCUGCAUGGAAGACCAAUUGUGCAGUCCGCUGUGUCCUGGAGCGAGGAGAGGACAUGUUAAUCAGCGGAGCCCGUCACCCCGUCCUGGGAAAAUACAAAGUUGGUUUCAUGAACGACGGAAGGAUCAUGGCUGCAGAUAUGCAGUACUACACCAACGCUGGCAACACUGUGGAUGAAUCUCCUCUGGUGGUAGAUAAGAUUCUGCUCCACAUCGACAACGCCUACAACAUCCCCAACCUGCGAGGCCGCGGGGCCGCCUGCCGGACCAACCUGCCCUCCAACACUGCCUUCAGGGGGUUUGGCGUGCCCCAGAGCAUCAUGGUCCUGGAGAACAUGCUCAACGACGUUGCCAUGGUGCUGGGACGCCCCGCAGACCAGAUCCGGGAGAUCAACAUGUACCAGGGUCCAUCCGUCACCCACUAUGGGUUGGAGUUCAGCCCGGAGAACCUGUGGCGCUGCUGGGACCAGUGUAAGGAAAAGAGUGACUACGCCGCGCGCCGCAGAGCCGCUGACCGCUUUAACCAGGACAACUGCUGGAAGAAGAGAGGGCUGGCCAUCGUACCCAUUAAAUACGGGAUCGCAUUCGCAGAGAGCUUCUUAAACCAGGCUGCAGCUCUGGUCCACGUCUAUAAGGACGGAUCUGUUCUGGUCUCUCACGGCGGGACGGAGAUGGGACAGGGACUCCACACUAAAAUGCAACAGGUGGCGAGUCGGGAGCUUGGUAUCCCCCCCUCUAAGAUCUACAUCAGUGAAACCAGCACCAACACGGUUCCCAACACCUGCCCGUCGGCCGCCUCCUACGGCACAGACGCUAACGGCAUGGCGGUCCGGAACGCCUGCCAGACUCUGUACCAGCGACUGGAGCCAAUCAGGCAGAAGAACCCCAAAGGAUCAUGGGAGAGUUGGGUCAAAGCAGCAUUUUUGGACAAAAUCAGUUUAUCAGCAACUGGAUUCUACAGAGGCCCGGACCUUUACAUGGACUGGGACAAGAUGGCUGGGCGGCCCUACGCUUACUUCACAUUCGGAGCGUGUUUCUGCGAGGUGGAGCUGGACUGCCUCACAGGAGACUACAGGGCGGUGAGGACGGACAUCGUGAUGGACAUCGGUAGGAGUGUGAACCCCUCAAUGGACAUCGGCCAGAUUGAGGGAGCGUUCCUGCAGGGUUUGGGUCUCUACACUCUGGAGGAGUUGAAGUUUUCCCCCUCUGGGCUCCUGUACACUCGUGGCCCGUCUCAGUAUAAGAUCCCUGCGGUCUGUGACGUGCCGCUUCGCUUCAACGUUUACCUGCUGCCGGACUCCCACAACCCCCACGCCAUCUACUCCUCAAAGGGUAUUGGGGAACCUUCCCUCUUCCUGGGCAGUUCCGUGUUCUUCGCCAUCAAAGACGCCGUGGCUGCAGCCCGCUCCGAGUCCGGUUUAGUCGGCCCAUUUCCCCUGGACAGCCCCGCGACACCAGAGAGGGCCUGUCUGGCCUGUGCCUCCCCGUUCACUCAGAAGAUUCCAGCCAGCACACCGGGAUCUUUCAAACCGUGGGCCUUAAACAUCUAAAACUGAAUCUGUGUUUGUGUUCUAUCAAACUAAAGCUUGACUGACUGUGAACUGAUUGUUACUAACAAUAAUGAACUAAUAAUGAACUUAUACUCUAUAAUACUCUAUUCACUUUUCUUUACAUGUACAUUUGUAACAGCCAAUGAAUGAAUGAAGUGUUUAUUUUCGUGCAGGCCACUUGAAGCACAUGCUUCAACA